AUGUCGGGGAAUCCUGCCAGCCCCGCGCCUCCCGCGCCUACUGAUGGUCUCAGUCCAACCAACCCUGCGCCUGAGGAUGGUCCCAUUGUAGCAGCGGACGAUGAUCUCACCGAUGACACCUCAUCCGACAGGGCAACUAGUAUUGCGUCUUCGAGCACGAGUCUAGCCAGCUCCAUUCUGCAACAUCGCAUCGAGAAUGGACGUACGUAUCACAAGUACAAGGACGGCAAAUACCCGUUCCCGAACGACGAGAAGGAGAGCGACAGACUCGAUCUUCAACACAACAUCUACUUGCUCACCCUCAACUACAAGUUGGGCCUGGCUCCUCCGAACGACAAUCUCAAGGCUCAGCGUGUCCUUGACUUAGGAACUGGAACCGGGUUGUGGGCUAUUGAUUUUGGUGAUGAACAUCCCGAAGCCGAGGUGGUUGGAGUUGACCUCACCCCGGUGCCCACUGCAUUUGUUCCGCCGAACGUCAAAUUUGAGGUCGAUGAUUUUGAGGAGCCCUGGACGUACAGUCAACCUUUUGACUACAUUCACAUUCGCGGGCUUUCCGGUAGCGUUGAUGACUGGGGAGAGUUUUUCAAAAAGGCUUACGAUCAUCUGACGCCCGGCGGCUACAUCGAGCUGUUCGAAGGGCACAUGAGACCCGACUGUGAUGAUGGAACACUAACUUCGGAGAGCGCUCUAAUGAGGUGGGUAGACAAGGUUGAAGAGGCCUCCAAGAUCUUUGGCCGCCCUUAUAUCGACGUUCUCGGCCUGGUACCUCAUCUUAAGGAGGCAGGCUUCGUUGAUGUGGAAAUAGUAAAGUAUAAGUGGCCCGUCAGCCCCUGGGCCAAGGAUCCCUAUUAUAAGGAGCUUGGUGAGUGGUGUCUCGAGAACUUCAUGGAAGGCCUCGAGGCCUGGAGCUUGGGUGCCUUCACGAGGGCCCUCAACUGGACCAAGGAGGAGGUUCAGGUCUUCCUUGUUCAAGUCCGAAAUGAGUUAAAGGAUAGAAGGAUACACGCGUAUUCGCCUCUGUAA